GUGUGAACGAGCGCUGCAUGUCUGGCAUGCCCUGCUGGCAUGUGUGGCGUCAGCCCAUCAGGGCUGUGCCAAUCCUGAGGCCUGAGGCUGAGCAAUGAGCAUCUGCAAAUCGCAAUGCUGACCCAAGCGGAGCAUUUUGGGAUCUUGUAAAUUGUAUUCGCGCCAUUGCGCUCUUUUUCCCUGUCUGCCCUGUCUGCCCUUGGAUUACAAGGGCUUUGUGAAAGGACCCUCUGUAACAAAAGCUGCAUUACGCCUCACCACUCCCCCCAGUGCUUGUCAUCCUUCGAGGGUCCCUUCUCAGCCGAUCAGUCAGGGUUCAGUUGCCGUGCAAGCAGCAAUGGCUGUCACGCACACCGUCGCCAAGCUUAACUUCCAGCUCAGCAGCCCUUUGCUGCACGCAGUCCGGCCAUGCCAACGGGUGAAGUCAGCCGUUUUGCCAGUAACCUCAUUCCCAAGGCGACUAACAAAGGCCGGCCCCGUCAGACAAUGCAGCCAAGAAGCUAAAUCAGCUCAGGUGCUGAGAUCAGAAGUAUGGGGAGCCAAACUCCCAAAACCGGUGGGUCAUGCUCGGAAGAACGCGCGGAGUUGCUCGAUGAGCGUCAGCACAGAGACGGCGGUCAGCGAUGAGCUCUUUGCGGAUUACAAAGUCAGCACAGCGUUCCUGUUCCCUGGCCAGGGAGCUCAAGCUGUCGGCAUGGGCGCAGAAGCCAAGGACGUUCCGGAGGCUGCAGCGCUCUUUGAGAAGGCAAAGGAGAUUUUGGGGUACGACCUCCUCGAGAUUUGCCUCAAUGGACCCUCAGAGAAACUGAACUCUACCGUGGUCAGCCAGCCUGCUAUCUACGUUGCCAGCCUGGCGGCCGUUGAAAAGCUCCGCACGACGGAGGAGGGGAGAGCCGCCAUCGAGGCUGCGGACGUGGCGGCGGGGCUGAGCCUAGGGGAGUACACUGCGCUCGCUUUUGCAGGGGCCAUCAGCUUUGAGGACGGCCUGCGCAUCGUGAAGACGCGCGGGGAGGCGAUGCAGGCGGCGUCGGACGCGGCCCCGAGCGGCAUGGCCAGCAUCAUCGGGCUCGACUCCAGCAAGGUCGCGGAGCUGUGCGAAGCCGCCAGCGCGGCCGUUGGCGAAGGGGAGGGCGUGCGGAUCGCCAACUACCUGUGCCCCGGAAACUACGCCGUGUCCGGUGGGAUCAAGGGCAUCGAGGAGGUGGAAAAGCGCGCCAAGCCCGAGUUCAAGGCGCGCAUGGCGGUGCGGCUGGCGGUGGCGGGGGCUUUUCACACUGACUUCAUGGGCCCCGCGGUGCCCAAACUAGAGGAGGUGCUCGCCAAGACGGAGAUCAAGAAGCCGCGGAUCCCGGUGGUGUCGAACGUCGACGCGAAGCCGCACUCGGACCCCGAGACGAUCAAGAAGAUCCUGGCGAAACAGGUGACGUCACCCGUCCAAUGGGAGACCACGCUAAACACGCUCCUAGAAAAGGGGCUCGAGAACACGUACGAGUUGGGGCCUGGCAAGGUCAUUGCGGGAAUCAUGAAGCGUAUUAGCAAGACGGCAGCUCCCGUGCAGAAUGUUAGCGUGUAAAACGGAGCCAGUGGUACCGCAAAAAGAAUCGGUCUUUUGUUUUUGGAGAGGAUAAGUUCCCACUGCUCGGCGGCCGCAUGAACGCGCUAGAACACAUGCAUGCUUGAUCGCUUACCAUCACUUUGAUCAAUGCUGCAAUUCCUCAGCGCGCGCACAUGCCGAUGCAUGUUGGAUGUGCCGCGUAUGAUCACCUGGGGAUACGCACAUGGCAGGCCCGAAGAUGGCAGCAGUAAAGUUGCG